GCCAUCAUUGCUUAUGGUGAAGAUUUUCCCAAGGAAGUGACGACAUAUAGAUCAACAUGUUAUAUUGACUGCCAUCCCCUUUCCAAACUCAUUCCGCGUUUGAAGAAAAUUCAAUUCCAAUGCAUUUUUGCGGCUCCAAGCAUCCCCUCAGGUUAUGUAAAUCUAUAAAUAGGGGAGCUCUUCACAAACUCUGCACAAAACCAUCAGUUUCGAAAUCAUCAGUUUCAAAAAUAUGAAAUCUCUUCACUUUUCAAUGUCUUCAUCAUUUCUUUAUGUUGCUCUCUUCUUAUUGUUAUGGGCAGCUUCAGCUCAGGCUGAUGAGACUUUUCUUGAUUGCCUUUCUCUUCAAUCCAACGACUCCUCUUCCAUUUCUAAAGUUGUCUUCACACAAAAUAAUUCUUCCUAUUCUUCUGUUUUGAACGCUACCGUUCGAAAUUUUAGAUUCACUACACCAUCUACCCCUAAACCUUUGGUCAUUGUAACACCGCUCCAUGCUUCCCAUAUUCAAGCAACAAUUUAUUGUUCAAGAAAACAUGGGCUCCAAAUUAGAACUCGAAGCGGUGGCCAUGAUUUUGAAGGUCUUUCUUAUGUAUCUGAAGUGCCGUUUGUUAUCGUUGAUAUGGUUAAUCUACGAUCAGUUGACAUUGAUGUAGAAAACAAAGUUGCAUGGGUUCAAUCAGGUGCGGUUCUAGGAGAACUGUAUUACAACAUUGCUAAUAAAAGCAACACUCUUGCCUUUCCAGCUGGUCUUUGCCCCACUGUUGGAAUUGGAGGGUACUUGAGCGGAGGAGGUUACGGCUUAUUAUUCCGCAAAUACGGUCUUGCAAUAGAUAAUGUAAUUGAUGCACAACUUGUUGAUGUUAACGGGAGAGUUCUUGACAGGAAAUCCAUGGGAGAAGAUCUGUUUUGGGCCAUUCGAGGAGGUGGUGGGGGUAGCUUUGGAAUUGUGGUUGCAUGGAAAGUACAGUUGGUUUCGGUUCCAUCAAUUGUGACUGUAUUCACAAUCAACAAGACCUUGGAACAAAAUGCGACCAAGCUUGUUCAUCGUUGGCAAUCCGUUGCACCCAAGCUUCCAGAAGAAUUUUACUCCGGAAUUACACUAACAAGGGUGAAUUCUAGUGAAGAUGGGAAAAGAACAAUUCUAGCUUCCUUUCAUGCCUCGUUUCUUGGUGGGAUUGAUGAGCUGGUUCCAUUGAUGCAAGAGAGAUUUCCUGAGCUGGGACUAGUGAGAGAAGAUUGCAUUGAAAUGAGUUGGAUUGAAUCUAUUCUCUCCAUGGGCAACCUUCCAAAUGAAACCUUGAAUAUUUUACUUGACAGGACAUACCAAAGUCCACUUCUUAGUCCUUCCUUCAAAUCAAAAUCUGAUUAUGUAAGGAGACCCAUUCCUGAAAUUGGAUUUCAGGGGAUGUGGUCAAGACUUUUUGAAGAAGAAGGAGCAUCUGCUAGUAUAAGUUUUAUUGCUUACGGAGGCAUAAUGGAUGAAAUUCCAUCGACUGCUACUCCAUUCCCACAUAGAGCUGGCAACUUAUACAAAAUCGUAUACAACGCAGGAUGGCAAGAAGAAGAGAAUAUAAUAUCUGAAAGGUAUAUAAGCUGGAUUCGGAGACUUUAUAGUUACAUGGGUUCCUUUGUUUCAAAAUCUCCAAGGCAAGCCUAUAUCAAUUAUAGGGAUCUUGACAUCGGAAUGAAUAAUGAAGGAAACACAAGUUUCGCUCAAGCAAGCAUAUGGGGUCGUAAGUAUUUCACGAACAACUUUGACAGAUUAGUUCGUGUGAAGACCAAUGUUGAUCCACAAAACUUCUUCAGGCAUGAGCAAAGUAUUCCUCCUUUUUUCUAUUAAUUGAAAAAAAAAAUCAUAAUAACCUUUGGAAGUUAAACCUUUUAUAAAAAUAUUUAAUUGGAAAAUGUGUCAAAAAAAUAAAGAAUUUUUUAGGUUUUUUUUAUAGGCAUUUUGGCAUGAUUCUUUGUAUGACUAUUUAGAUAAAUGUAUCAUUAAUUACCUUUGCUUUGUAAUUAGUUGUAGAUCAUAUGUAUUUA